CUACAUUUUUGCUUAACAUUUUAGUGCAUUAAACGGCCUUGCAGUUUGUGCAAAUUUGGAAUUUGCAACAUCAUGGAGACCGAUCUAUAUGAUGAAUUCGGGAAUUAUAUUGGACCUGAUCUCAUGUCAGAUGACGAAGUUAGAGAUGAAGAAAGCUCACCAGAUCAAGGGGAGUCAGAUGACGAAGCUGAAGAGCGAGUGGAGCCGCAGACGAACGGCUUGGAUGAACAUCAGGAAGAAAGCCUUGCGGUUGUUCUUCAUGAAGACAAGAAAUAUUAUCCCAGUGCACUAGAAGUCUAUGGUCCCGAAGUGGAAACAUUGGUCCAAGAAGAGGAUGCUCAACCGCUAACUCAACCCCUCAUCGAACCAAUAAAGCACAAUAAGUUUGCUUACACUGAAGCCGAUAUUCCUGUUACCGAUUACCACCCAGAGUUUCUGGCAGACCUCAUGGAUUGUCCCGAAUUAAUCCGCAACAUUGUUUUAUGCGGCCAUCUUCACCACGGAAAGACUUCUUUCAUGGACUGCUUGAUCGAACAGACGCAUCCUUACAUAUCUGCCAAGGGAGACAAAGACCUUAGGUACACCGAUUUUUUGCACAUGGAGGUGCAGCGUGGUCUAAGCAUCAAGUCGACGCCGGUCACACUGGUUCUCCGAAAUAUGUCCGAAAAGUCGUAUCUGUUUAACCUAUUCGACACUCCUGGUCAUGUCAACUUCUCGGAUGAGGUCACCGCUUCCUUUCGCCUGGCUGACGGUGUCUGCCUUUUGGUGGAUGUCAGUGAAGGAGUCUUGCUAAAUACAGAGCGAUUGCUCAAACAUGCUUUACAUGAAAGGCUUCCGAUCACCUUGUGCAUCAACAAAAUCGAUCGACUGGUUUUGGAAUUGAAACUUCCUCCUACAGAUGCCUAUUAUAAGAUAAAGAACAUUAUCGAUGAAGUGAACUCCAUUCUACUCACUUUUUCAGAGUCGACCGGGGCUGAUAGUAGUGACUCCCAGCCCCUUGUUAGUCCACUUCUUGGUAAUGUCUGCUUCGCGAGCACAUACUACCGCUUUUGCUUCACCCUGGACUCAUUUGCGAAAAUCUAUGCUGACUCUUUCGCUCCGGACAUGGAUUCGGAUGAGCUGGCGAAACGUCUUUGGGGGGAUAUCUACUACAAUCCUAGCACACGUCGAUUUUCUAAGCGACCUCCCACAAAUACCUCAAAUCGAACUUUUAUUGACUUCAUUCUUGAGCCGCUGUACAAAAUAUUCGCGCAGACUGUUGGCGAUGUGGACACCUGUCUGCCUGCAUUGUGCACCGAAUUGGGCAUUAACUUGAGCAAGUCAGAAAUGAAAAUGAAUGUCAGACCUAUGCUGCGUAUCAUUUUCAAGCGAUUCUUUGGUGAUUUUUCCGGUUUCGUUCACAUGUGCGUACAACACAUUCCCAGUCCAGUUGCGGCCGCCGCAACAAAAGUGUCGCAUUGCUACACUGGCCCUAUGGACAGCGCACUGUCUCGUGAUAUGAUCUCCUGCAACCCAGAAUCCAAACAUGUGAUGGUGCACACCACCAAACUGUAUCCAGAUCAAGAAGCAAUCACUUUCCAUGUGUACGGUCGGGUCAUGUCUGGUACCUUGUAUGCUGGUCAGCUGGUUCGGGUCUUGGGUGAAAACUAUUCCCUCACGGACGAGGAAGAUUCCAGACAGGCUACAAUUGGGCGCUUGUGGGUUUCAGUUGCUCGUUAUCGUCUUGAGGUGAACCGCGUUCCCGCCGGGAAUUGGGUUCUCAUCGAGGGUGUGGACCACCCGAUUGUAAAAACCGCCACGCUGACCUCCACCGAUGCCAAGGGAGCGUGUAUUUUCAGACCUCUGAGUUUCAAUAGUGCUUCGGUGGUGAAAAUUGCUGUGGAACCUGCCAAUCCAUCUGAGUUGCCAAAAUUGUUAGACGGUUUGCGCAAGGUAAACAAAAGCUAUCCUCUUCUUACCACUAAAGUUGAAGAGUCUGGAGAGCGAAUUAUUCGAGGCACCGGAGAGCUUUAUCUCGACUGUGUAAUGCAUGAUCUACGGAAACUUUACUCAGAUAUUGAUGUAAAAGUCGCGGACCCCGUUGUCGCGUUCUGUGAGACUGUGAUAGAAACAUCUUCACUUAAAUGCUUUGCUGAGACUCCAAACAAAAAAAACAAAUUGACGAUGAUUGCAGAGCCACUGGACAAAGGUCUCGCGGAAGACAUUGAAAACAAAGUCGUCCAAAUUGACUGGCCUAAAAAGCGAUUGGGCGAAUUUUUCCAGAAGAAAUAUGAAUGGGAUUUGUUAGCGUCAAGAUCUAUUUGGGCCUUUGGGCCUGAUGCCUCCGGUCCAAAUGUUUUGGUCGAUGACACGUUACCCUCUGAAGUGGACAAAAAUUUGUUGGGCACUGUGAAGGACUACAUUGUUCAAGGCUUCCAAUGGGGCACUCGCGAGGGUCCGUUAUGUGACGAACCUAUUCGCAACGUAAAAUUCAAAAUGUUGGAUGCUCUCAUCUCAGGCGAAGCUCAUCAGCGUGGGUCGGGUCAAAUAAUCCCCACUGCUCGCCGUGUUGCUUAUUCCGCUUUCCUUAUGGCCACUCCUCGAUUGAUGGAGCCGUACUAUUUCGUGGAGGUUCAGGCACCGGCGGACUGUGUCUCUGCAGUUUACACCGUACUCGCACGUCGACGUGGUCAUGUCACACACGACGCCCCUAUCUCGGGUUCCCCGCUCUACGUCAUCCGGGCUUUCCUACCUGUGAUGGACUCUUUCGGAUUCGAAACCGAUUUACGGACCCAUUCACAGGGCCAAGCCUUCUGCAUGCUUGUGUUCCACCAUUGGCAGAUGGUUCCGGGAGAUCCACUAGAUCGAUCUAUUCAAAUUCAGCCCUUGGUCCCUCAACCUGCCACUCACCUCGCCCGAGAGUUCAUGAUCAAGACUCGAAGACGGAAGGGCCUCAACGAAGACGUCAGUAUCAACAAAUUCUUCGAUGAUCCCAUGCUUCUGGAACUGGCCAAGCAGGAUGUGAUGCUCAGCUACGCGUUGUAA